AUGGGGGGCAGCCUGCGGGUGGCCGUGCUGGGCGCCCCUGGCGUGGGCAAGACGGCCAUCAUCCGCCAGUUCCUGUUCGGUGACUACCCGGAACGCCACCGGCCCACGGACGGGCCACGCCUCUACCGGCCCGCGGUGCUGCUCGACGGCGCGGUCUACGACCUGAGCAUCCGGGACGGCGACGGCGCUCCCCCGAGUCAGAACCCCGGGGGUCCAGAGUUGCCCAAGAUCAGGCCAGGGGAUUUUGAAACACACGAGUGGCCGGACCCCAAGGACUGGAGCUUGCAGGACACGGACGCCUUCGUGCUGGUCUACGACAUCUGCAGCCCGGACAGUUUCGACUACGUGAAGGCGCUGCGGCAGCGCAUCUCAGAGACCAGGCCGGCGGGCGCACCCGAGGCGCCCAUCCUCGUAGUAGGCAACAAGCGGGACCGGCAGCGGCUGCGUUUCGGGCCCCGGCGCGCGCUGGCCGCCCUGGUGCGCAGGGGCUGGCGCUGCGGCUACCUCGAGUGUUCCGCCAAGUACAACUGGCACGUGCUCCGUCUCUUCCGCGAACUGCUGCGUUGCGCUUUGGUACGCGCGCGUCCCGCGCACCCGGCCUUGCGCCUGCAGGGGGCGCUGCACCCGGCGCGCUGCAGCCUCAUGUGACCGAAUUGGACGACAACGCCGAUGGUGGGGGGAGGGUCCCAGUUUGAUGAACAACCGGGUACCUGGAUUGGACGCAGUUGCCCAACUUCUCUCAGAUUGGACUAGGCAAAGUCUCCUCCUUGAUUGGAUUUGGAAAGCUCCCACCCAGUCUCCUGGGCGACAGGACUCUUUGUGCCUCAUUGGACCCAACCAGGCCCCAAGCUACAUUGGGCAAGAUAAGUCCUUUCUGGGACCUCAUUGGGUUACAAUCCCACUGGAUGAAAGGGACUUGCUAUGAACCUGAUUGGAAGUUCUCAGGUAGCUUCUGGGGUUUCAGUGGACAAUCUUAAAUCACACCUCUCAGGAGGUAAUAAAGGGGGAACCAAUGCAAGCA